AUGAAGCGCAGCGUCGACGACAUGCUGGCAUACGCGCGUGCCAAGCACGAGCGUCAGGUCGAGCGGUCGCUCGCAGCGCAUGAAAAGGAAGCAGCGAACGCGUCAUUCACACCGACGCUCAACCCACGCUCGAUCAAGAUUUACGAAGCAAUGGUGCAAGCGGGCAAAAAACCAGUCCGGCCGCGAAGCCACGACGAGAGUCCAGCACCCAAAGGCAGCUUUCGACCCGAAAUCAACCCAAAAUCGCGAGCGCUCGCCACAGCGCAGACUGAGACGCAAACGGUCUUUGAGCGCCUUGAAGCCCACGCCGACGCGCGCCAAUUGAAGCUCGCGGAGACUAGCGUUGCGCGCAUAGACGCGCAUAUCCGCCACGUGAAAGCGAUCGGGAAGGACGACUUGCAGCUCCAGCGAAUUCUUCAGCACCUUUCACCCAAGGGAAAGGGUGCAGAACCGCCCGUAACGAGAGUGGUCGUGGGGAGCUCGGACGGGUUCAUUUUGGACAACUUUACGUCAGACACAGCGCAGCCGCAGCUGCUCGGGCAAACCAAGGCCGAGACUGGCCUCUUCAAGGGCGCGAGCUACGACACGCCGGGGACGCUCAAGAAGAGUCGCGUUGGUAUUCGAACCUAG